UUGAAGGGGGACAAAAAGGGGAAGAGAAAUACCCUAGAGGGCUCUAAAUAAAGCUUUCGGUCUCUGUUCGUCUGAUAACAGAAUCAGGAUCGAAGGAGAGCAGAAUGGUUUUCUACUUCAAAGCCCGACCGGAAGCUGGGGAUUAUACCGUCUUCAUGGGCCUUGACAAGUACGAGAACGAGGAGCUCAUCAAAUACGGUUUCCCUGAAGACAUUUGGUUCCAUGUGGAUAAAAUGUCUUCUGCCCAUGUAUAUCUGAGACUUCAUAAGGGUCAGACUAUUGAUGAUAUAAGUGAAGGUGUGCUGGAGGAUUGUGCUCAGCUCGUCAAAGCCAAUUCCAUCCAAGGAAAUAAGGUGAACAAUAUUGAUGUUGUUUACACUCCCUGGUCCAACUUGAAGAAAACAGCUGCCAUGGAUGUCGGCCAAGUUGGUUUUCACAAUUCAAAGAUGGUUCGGACUGUGAGGGUGGAGAAACGGAUAAAUGAGGUAGUUAAUAGAUUGAACAGGACAAAAGUAGAAAGAAAGCCUGAUCUAAAAGCGGAACGAGAAGCAGUCAACGCAGCAGAAAGAGCAGAGAGAAAACAGCACCUGAGGGAGAAAAAACGUCGGGAAGAGAUGGAAAGGAUGGAAAAGGAGAGACAAGCAGAGAUUAGGAGCUACAAGGGCUUAAUGGUUGCUGAAAAGAUGACAUCGAACAAAGAGAUUGCAUCGGCAAACAAGUCUUUGCAGGAACUGGAAGAUGACUUUAUGUAAGCAGCUGUCACGGUUAUCAAUGGAUUUAAUGUUGUUUAAGAUGUUGCCAGCUGCCAAAUUUGCUUCCCUGUAAAGAGGGAUUUCCGUCAGCUUAUGAUUCUAUAUUCAAAGUCAUUUUCCGUCUUGAAUAUGUUCCUGAUCCAUCGCAAGAAGGAAAAUGAGCAGCGAUGGAAGAGGAGAGAGGACAGUGGAGUUGAGAGGGAAUGAACUUUGCAGCAAACGUAUGUUCUACUUGUCUGCUAAACUUUGUGUCUAUACGGCUAUGUCUACGAUGCAAUUUUUAUGGUAUAUUUUUUAAAGAAGGAUAUCUAACCACACCCAUGAACGGGGGUGCCUGUAUGUAUCUGAAAUAUGGGAUUGAAAUAUUCGUUUUUUCUGGUUCCAUUCAAAAUGA